AUGGAGAAGAUGAUGAAGAAACCACAGUACUCAUCAUGUAAUCCAAGUUCAUCUUCUUCUAAACUGGGCAUGCACAAUGAUUCACAUAAAAUAUCGAAGACGGCGGGCAAGCCAAAGAUUCGCAUAAUCCACGUAUUUGCACCUGAAAUCAUAAAGACAGAUGUGGCCAACUUUCGGGAACUGGUGCAGAAUCUCACUGGAAAACCUGCGGCAGCACCGGAAGUAGUAAAUGGUAGUAGGAAGAAAACAAUAAGAUGUUCUACUUAUUCAUCACCAAGCAAGAAAAAAUUGGAAUUGCAAAAUGAUGGAGAUCGGAGUGUAAAGGAGGAAAUACAAAACUACACGUGGAGAUCAUCAUCAGGUGAUCAUCAUCCAGAGAAGAUAAAUAGUUUCUUGGAUGGUUUCUCAGAUUUGGAUGGCUUUAUUGAAGAUUUAAGUAGUGAAUUUCCUUCUCUUCAUUCAUCGAGCUCUUCCGCUCCAUCCCCUUGGAUGCAUUUGGAGAUGCAUGAUCAGUAG